CGCCGGCCCGGCGGGGGUUCUGUUCUGCGGAGGUCGUGGUUUGGGCCACCUGCGCGUCCCCUUGUGAGGGUCGGUGGUCUGACUCGGUGCUUGAGCCAACCGCUCUGUUCCUCUAGGCCAAGAAGUGACUCCUGCUGCUGAAGAGAGGAACACAGAGCCCUGUUUCUGUCAGCUGGCUGUGCCACAGCACUUUGCUGAACUCCAGGUAGCCCCUCCGCCCCUUCCUGGAGUCUCUGUGGGAGGACCAUGGAAGAAACUGAGGAGGAGAAAAAGGACGAGGCUGAUUAUAAAAGGCUUCACAGUUUUCCUCUGAUUAGGCACUCGGACAUGCCGGAGGAGAUGCGCAUAGAGACCAUGGAGCUGUGCGUCACGGCGUGUGAGAAGCAUGCCACCAACAAUGAGAGUGCUGCAAAGAUGAUCAAAGAGACGAUGGACAAGAAAUUUGGGUCCUCCUGGCAUGUGGUGAUUGGGGAAGGUUUUGGCUUUGAGAUCACUCAUGAGGUGAAGAACCUGCUGUACAUGUUCUUUGGUGGCAGCCUGGCUGUGUGUGUCUGGAAGUGCUCCUGACCCCUGGCCGGGUCCCAGACUUACUGAAUACAAGAGAUUUCUUCCUGCUCUUGACAAGUUUUGUAUGAUCUGGAGGUGGGGCUUUAUUUUUAAUACUUAAAUGUCAAGAUUUCUUUUUUUCAUACUGACGUAACAGUUCUGUGGGAUACAUAAAGUUGGUGCAUGUGUGUGUAUAAA